UUGAGGAGGGAUAAAUGUCAUCGGACACAUGAAACAUUUAGAUGCUGUGAAAGCUGUCCUGAGAACAGUCCUUGGCGUUUCGCAGUGUCCUUCAUGUUGGUUUCUGCUCAUAGCAUUUAACGUCUCGGUAAUUGAAAAGCAAUGGCAGAGCUCUCUGCAGGAACUUUAGGGAAACUGUCUUCUACAAUCGGGUGUUGAUUCGAGUAAUGUGAUUCCAUGCGUUGUUUACUAGAAAAGUGAACUAGCUACUUAACUUAUCAAUGUGAGGUAGUUGUUUCGUCCCGUCAAAGUCGGUAAGAAUAUCUCCUACCAUUGGCCUUUAGUAGCCUAAUUCUAACAGUGAAGACCAAAAUCGGCACUUAAAACCAUUCGGCACACCGACAAGCUUAAGCCGAUGCAUUGCAAACCAUCUCUCAGGUGAGAUAAUGGUAGACUCCCAAUCUCUCAAGUCCUACUGGCCUCUCAUCCGUUUUCUGGUGCCAUUGGCUAUCACCAACAUAGCCAUCGACCUUGGGGAACAGGCUCUGAACAGGGGCAUUGCCACAGUAAAGGAGGAUCGAGUGGAGAUGCUGGCCAGCUAUGGGCUGGCAUACUCUCUCAUGAAGUUCUUCACCGGGCCAAUGAGUGACUUCAAGAAUGUGGGGUUGGUGUUGACGAACAGCAGACGGGACCGGCUCAAGGCUUUGCUCUGCAUGGGCGUUGCGGGCACCAUCGCUUUUCUUUUGCACAUCCUCAUUGCUUAUACAGACCUUGGGUACUACAUAAUUAAUAAGCUACACCAUGUGGAUGAAUCCGUGGGCAACAAGACGAGGCGGGCUUUCCUCUUUUUGUCACUGUUCCCAGUUCUGGAUGCCAUGGCGUGGAUCCAUGCUGGUAUUCUCCUCAAGCACAAACACAGCCUUCUUGUUGGCUCAGCCUCCAUAUCAGAUGUUGUUACACAGAUUGUAUUUGUCGCCAUCCUGCUCCACAGUAACUUUGAGUGUGUAGAGCCUCUCCUCAUCCCCAUCCUGUCGCUCUACAUGGGUGGACUGGUACGAUUCACCAUCGUGGGAAUGGGCUACUACUGCAACGUCCAUGAAAACAUUCCUGACUCCAGUAGCAUCGAAAUUGGGGGGGAUGCUACCAUUAGGAAGAUGCUGAAUUUCUGGUGGCCGCUGGCCCUCAUCUUGGCCACACAGAGGAUCAGCAGGCCAGUUGUUAACCUCUUUGUGUCUCGUGACCUCAACGGAAGUGAGGAGUCUACUCAGGCUGUUGCUGUCCUCACCGCCACGUACCCAGUGGGCCACAUGCCUUACGGAUGGCUAACUGAACUUCGGGCUCUCUACCCCGCUUUUGACAAGAACAAUCCCACCAACAAGCGGACUGGUGACGUCUCAGUCACCAGAUCUCACAUAAACAGAUUCAUCCUCUGCUGUUUCCUGAUUUCAGUCACGAUGUGUUUCAUAUUGUUCUGGAGUCCUGGAGUAUCGGAGAGCAUCUUGGUGAACAUUAUUGGAGUCGAUGCGUCAUUUGCCCGACUCUGCGUCACCCCUCUGAGGAUCUUCUCCUUUUUCCCCCUGCCAGUGUGUGUCCGUGCUUGCUUGACAGGCUGGCUCAUGACGCUGAAGAAAACAUUUGUCCUGACACCCAGCUCUGUGCUUCGCAUUGGAGUCCUGAUCAUCGGCCUUGUGGUACUUCCUUAUAUGGGAGUCCAUGGGGCCACACUGGGCGUAGCGGCACUGCUGGCUGGAUUUGUGGGAGAGGCGUCCAUGGUUGCUAUCGCCACCUGUUACGUCUACAGAAAACAGGAGAGUAACAACAAAAACAAGGAGCUGGUUGCUGAGGGGGAAAACUCCUCCCCCAUGAGGGAGGUUAACCCCACAACCCAAUUAGACAACAUUCUGGAGCUGGGAGAAGGCGAGGACCAAUGAGAAGACAAAAACAAUGUUUGGGAAAGCAGAGACAACAAAUAUGCCUUGAAGUCUUUGCUCUGAUGUGAUUGAGCCACAGGUUGCACUUUUCUUGGGAGGGGACUCUGAGGUCGCAAAAAGGACUCAGAAAGCUUGUGUUGAGAUUGUGUUGGGUUGAGGGGGGGGGUGUGCGCACAAUAUCCUAUUUGGGGGUAGCUAUUAGUGAGAACCCACACAGCUACAGGGGAUCAACCAAUCAGACAUGGUGGAGACUACAUCCACCCAUCACCAUGUUUCACACCAACAGCUGUAAGCUAAUGGCCACUAAGCACCUAUGCAGGUAUUAAUCAACAGAAACAGUGUUCCAAACUAACUAGACUUUGGCAGUAUGCAUAUUGCAAUGUGCCAGUAUGUAGAAAUGUAACAUGACCUGUGUCCUUUCUUCGUAUUUCUCUCUUUUGGGUUGGCUUUCCUUUGCUACUCGUCACAGACUAACUGAAAUGAGCUGCAAGAAGGCCAAGGGAGAGGGCAGAGGUUGUAUCCCUUGGAAUGCAACGAGACAUGUUGGAAACAGGAGAACACUGGAAGUAUGGUCUUUGGCUGUGACUCAGCUGUUUGUUGACCUUUGAGCAGAGCAGGGUGUUUUUCUGUGAAGAGAACAAUAGCCAUGAUGGAAUACUUCAUUUUAUUGAAGUGUAUUAUCUAGUCAAAAGACUCAUCUUAAAGCGUUGGGAAUUGGGGUUUCAGUUUUACUUCUUAAAUUGACUUUUCUUGAAAUGCCAGGUUUUUUUUUUAUCAUUGUAGAACACUGAAUUUUUAAGUUUUCCAUGUCUGUUUUAAAUAGAUGUAAAAAUUAUAUAUGCAUUAAACUUGAGUAUGCCCCAGGACAGGGGUAUUGACAUGUCUGGGUACAACCUAAACACAAAAACAAAGUUUCUGUUGCAGCCGACUGCAUAAUAUAAACCAAAUUGUUGCACCUGGGCAGCCUGUACUGAACAGAAAUACCGACUUCAACCAAAGGGAUCAUCAUCCUCACUUUCCCAUCCUAAAUCUUCAGAUGUUGAACAUUGGAGAUCUGAGAAAGGGUGUUAAUGAUCUUAUCCAUUUAUACUAUGGCAGAUGCAAUAUCAAAUAUAGUGAUAUUUUUUUAUUUUUUUUUUUGUCCUUUUAUGCCUUUAAUUGACAGGACAGUAGAGAAUGACAGGAAGUGAGUGGGAGAGUGUCGGGGUGGGAUCCGGAAAGGACCACGGGGCGGGAAUCAAACCCGGGUCGUCGGCGUACGGUGCAGGUGCCCCAGCCAGUUGCGGCACGGCUGGGGCCAUAUAGUGAUAUUUUUUAUAUAAAUAAUAAUUUUAUGUUAACAUAUGGCAGUCAGUAUUGCCAGCUUUGACCUUAUCAGCGCAUGAUCGUAUGUGAAAAGUAUUUUUUAACCAGACUUAUCUAUAUGUUAUCAUGUACCAUGCAUCGUGUAUUAGAAUUUUGUUUCUUUAAAACAGGGGGUCCAUCACACACAUGGUCCAUCAUGAUUGACAAAACGUGUCUUUUAUUACAUACUCUGGAGAUAUUAAAAUUGCACCUGUUUCAGACA